GCUCGCACAAUUCACCCUCGCCCCACCGCACAUCCGCACGUCCUCACUAUACCAGCGGUGAAACACGGAGGCGCGACUUCAAGAGCAGUUGAGCAGCUGAGCAGGGGCCCGCCAUGGAAGGAGCAAAAAGAUUCACGCCACGGAUGUCCACAAGGGAGACAGGCGGAACGGAUAGGAAGAGGAGGGGAAGGGGGGCAGGGAACGAGAGGCGGAGGGAACGAGGACAAGGGGACGAAGGGGGCUGGGCGGCCGAGCUGCCAGAGAGCCGCCAGUCCGCCGUCGGCCGUGCCGUGCGGUGGGGCCUCGAGACGAAGCUGCGCGCACCAUAUUCGGCGCUCUGCUCCGCCUGCUUUUCUGGCCCGUCGGGCAGGAUUGCAGCAGAAUCGGACAGAAGGUCUGCAGCCGACCAGCACAAAUAUAACACGAAAGCGCGCGCCCGCCAAGGCGAUAUAAAAAAAACAAGGCUCAGCCUGCAAAGGACCCUCGCCACCUCCCUCUACGAAGUCGCGCCGGGCACGAUGCCGAAGGCGUGGUGCGGCGCAGCGAGGCCACCACCAGUGCCUUGGAGCAUGCUGGAGCUCGCUGUCGUGGAUGCCGUGUGAAGGUCCGAGAAUGAAGCGGCGGUCAUCGCGCGACGCGCCGCGCCUUGACGCAAACCCCCGCCGGACCCGGCGGGCCGCCCGCUCUUGUCGCGCGACGGCCUGGCCUCCCUGUCCUUUUUGGACAGCGAGCCUGUCUCCAGCAAGAGCCGCAGAGUGACGAACC